ACGCAACGAGCAUGCGCUCAGUUACAAUCAGUACAUAGACAUUUGAGUUAUAUACGAGUAUUUAGUUUUGUGCAUAAACACCAAGGUAUAAAUCGGAUACAGAAUACCUUUUUUGUUUUGUUAUUGUUGUUGCUGCUGGAAAAACUGUUGGAAAAGAUGUCUGAAAAAGCAUUUAACUUGAUGAAAAGUUUGGAAUCAAACAACAUCGACGACAUGGGUUUCAAAUUGAGCCCAUUGCGGAAAAAUCGAAAGCCAUUAAUGGAGAAGAAGCGUCGAGCUCGCAUUAACGAUUCACUCGAGGCGCUCAAAGAAAUUUUACUGAAAAACACAGUCGCUAUAACGCAAGGCACACGACCAACAAAACUCGAAAAAGCAGACAUCUUAGAAAUGACUGUGAGAUAUUUACAAGUUCUACAUAAGCGUAAUAAUCCGGUGACAAGUGCAAAGUCGUCCGAAUGUUCUGUUACAUCGACAACUCCCAUGCGAAAUUCCAUGAAACCAAAAUCGAUUUCCAAUGUUGAGUACUUUGAUCGGCCAUUGAAAUCAUCCAAAAGCAAACGAAACAUUGACGACGCAGACAAGGAAAAUAUCCCAAUUGCCGGAUUUAUUCGAUCCACCUUCCGUACCAGUGAAAGUAGCGCCUUUAGAAUUAUUUCAAGUUCAAAUAAAUCCAAAAAUAAAAGUGAAAAUCACCACCACCGAAAUAGCAACGACCCUUCGAAUCCAUGGCGGCCGUGGUGAAUCGAAUUCAAAUUUCUCUUUCUUUAUCUCUCUCGAGGCG